AUCUCAUAUAGAGCAUUCGUCCGCGGGCUAGCAAAAGAUGUUACCUUGACAGAGCUUGAGGGCCGAUUUAAAUCGUUUGGACAGCCCAGGGACCUUUAUCUGGCAAAGGACCUGGACGGAUCUUGCCGUGGAUUUGGAUAUAUCACUUUGGACACAACACGGAAAGAGCUACAAAAAUGCCUCGCGUUAUUUAAUGGUGCCAAAUGGAAGGGAAACGUCCUGAAGAUUGAGGAAGCAAACAAAGACUGGCAAACAAAGUAA